UGGUGGCCGAGGAGAGGCGAGGGCGAGCGAUGAGGGCCGCGGCGCUGAGGGAGCGCUCCGGGAACCAGCCCGCGGGACGGAUGGAGGCCGAGGCCGAGCCGCGAGGCGUCUGGUGGAAGGAGACCGGCGCGGCCCUGGGGCGGCUGGCGGAGGCCCUCAGCUGCUCGCAGUGUCGGGACAUUUUGAAGAAACCUGUGAACAUAGGAGGCUGUGAACAUGUCUUAUGCCUAAAUUGUGUGGGUGACAGCAGUGGAACAGCCUGCCCAGUGUGUCAUGUGCCAGCCAUGGUACAAGAUGUGAAAGUAAACAGGCAGCUGGACAACAUUGUCAAACUGCACAGCAAACUGCAGAGUCUGUGGGGCUGGGACUUAUCAGGUUCAGGAGAGAACCUGUCUGACCCUGGAGAUGUGGUUUGUGAGACAGGAAGUAAGAAGCAGAAACUAAAAGAGGACUUCAAUCCUUGUAGGAAGAGCAAGAAAUUGACUAUGCAAAAGAGACCAGAGAAGACAGAACAGGCCAUGAAGGGCCAGGAUGACCAGCCUCAUGCCCCAGCUUCCACCCAUGAUUUUAGUCUUUCCCCCACUCAAGAGCCUUUUAAAAAGCAAAAGAACCCCAAUCUGAAACAGCUGAGGAAAAAGACUUUAACAGACAUCAACAGCCAGCGGAGAUCGCUCAAAGGAAGACAGAAAAAGACCAGUGGACAUGAUGAAGAGAGCACAAGCGAAGCAAAGGUGGUGUUUUGCAGUCAGUCAUUGGAUAUCCCCAGUCCAGACCCCAAAAGCACAUCGGAGCACAAGUCUCUAAUGGGAGCAGAGCUUGCACAGGGUGAGAGUGAAGUCAGUAUGGAUGCCAUUGCAUCUGUGAAACUUGUAGAGAAGAGCAGCAGGGAUAACUUGUCUUGUUCAUGUGGUGGUAUGCAGGAAAACUUGAGUUCUGAAGAGUGCCUCCUCUCCAGAGGGAAAUUGACUCCACUAAAAUGUAGAAGGCAAAGCAGCAGAUUGCCUACUCCUUUACAUAAACACCCCAGCAGGAAAGAGCAUAGCACCCCUGGACGUUUAGGACUGCUGAAGGUGUCCCCAAGGCCAUCACCCAAAGAUUCCCUUGGGGAUUCUUCGCCCACCAUUGACUGUAUAAGGUGUUAUCCAUCUACACCAUCUGCUAGCUCUUCACCAACAAUGAGAAGCUCUGAAGAUGCAUGUAACCAAAAAACUGCCGAAGCAGCACAUCUGACCAAUACUGCUUAUCAAAAAGAGGCACAGCUAACUGAGUCUUUCUCCAGGAAAGCUCCCAAUAGCCUGCCAGCCAAGAGAAAUCAUAAAGGGGAAACUUUGCUCCACAUCGCUUCCGUUGAGGGUGAUCUUUCUGCUGUUAAGCACUUACUGGAAAGUGGAGCAGAUCCCAAUGUUAAAGACUAUGCUGGAUGGACUCCACUGCAUGAAGCUUGUAAUCAUGGACAUAAGGAGGUCGUGGAGCUGUUGCUACAACAUGGGGCACUCCUGAAUGCGGCUGGGUAUCAAAAUGAUUUGCCGCUUCACGAUGCUGUCAAGAAUGGACAUACAAGUAUUGUUGAACUACUGCUUCUGCAUGGAGCUUCUCGAAAUGUAGUUAAUAUAUUUGGUCACAAACCUGUGGAUUAUGCUGAAACAGAAAAUAUGAAAUCACUUCUGAUGCUCCCAGCAAAGAAUGACUCUUCUACUACUACUCAGUGUCCAGAACAAUUAAGCCUAAAUCAGCCCAGAGAAGGACCUGUUGUUCUCCUUGGAAGUGGUCUUAAUCCAGUUCAGCAGCAGUUGUUGAGUAAAUUGGCAAAGGUUCUGAAAGCUAGAAUAUGUACGGCAUUUAAUAGCACAGUGACACAUGUUGUUAUCCCUGAGAAUUCUACACGCAGUACUAUGAAGUGCAUGCUGGCUGUUUUGACUGGAUGCUGGAUCUUGACAUUUCAGUGGGUAGAUGCCUGCCUGAAGACAAGUGCUCGGGAGCAAGAAGAGAAGUAUGAAAUAGAUGGUGGUGCACGCCAAGGCCGACUGAACAAAGAGCAGCUGUUGCCAAAGUUGUUUGAUGGCUGCUACUUCUAUUUUUUGGGAAUGUUUAAGGAGCACAGCAAAGAUGAUCUGAAGGAAUUGGUGAAAGCAGGUGGAGGACAGAUACUGCUGAGGAAACCCAAAUCGGAUAGUGAUGUGACACAGACAAUCAAUACUGUAGCCUAUCAUGCUGAGAUUGCUUCUGACCAGAGUUCCUGCACACAGUAUAUAAUCUAUGAUGGCUCUUCUAACUACAAGCCAGAGAAAAUUCGGCAAGGAAAGGUUUGGGAGGCGCCGUCUAAAUGGCUUAUAGACUGUGUCGUGUCAUUUCAGCUAUUACCUGUUAAGAAAUAAAAAAAUUCCAGCAUCGUGAUGCUAGAAUCUUUAGCGCAGUCCUGCUUUUCAGGCAGAUUGAAAUUAUGUACCUCAACCUAGAAACAACUAUUAAGCAACAGAUUCACUUCAUUUAUAUCAUGAUUUUGGGGGUGGAGGACACACAUUCUAGAUUUAGUUAGACUCUAUACAAUUUAGACCCCUUUAAUGGCAGACUUUUU